GCCCUCUGCGCACGUACGCUUUCUUCCUGUAAAGUUGUUUUCCGCCUUGUUUGACCAACCCAGUUGAACCGUGCAGCAUCGACUGCGGUCCAAAUUUUGCAAUAUCUACUGCCACCGAACCUUUGCAGAAUCUACUGCUGCCGAACUUUUUCAGCAUCUACUGCAGCUGAACCUUUGCAGAAUCUACUGCUGCCGAACUUUUGUAGCAUCUACUCCAGCCGAACUUGCAGCAAUGUGGCCCUCCAAGAUGGCACCUCUCGUCCUGUUCCUGGUGCUAGGGAGCAAUGUCAUCGGGGAGGAGAGCGUCAGGAAGCCCAACAUUGUACUGAUUAUGGCAGACGACUUGGGAAUUGGUGACUUGGGUUGCUAUGGUAACUACACCAUCAGGACCCCCAACAUAGACAGGCUGGCCUCAGAGGGAGUGAAGCUGACACAGCACAUCGCAGCCGCUCCACUGUGCACCCCGAGCCGGGCAGCUUUCAUGACGGGACGCUACGCUGUCCGCUCAGGGAUGGCAGGGGAAGGUCGAGCACGGGUUAACUUAUUCCUGGCGGGUUCAGGCGGGCUGCUACCCGAGGAGACUACUUUUGCCAAGAGGCUCCAACAACAAGGAUAUCGCACUGGCCUAGUUGGCAAAUGGCACCUCGGUGUGAACUGCGAGCAAAGGGGGGAUCACUGUCACCACCCCAAUCAGCACGGCUUCAGCUUCUUCUAUGGCUUGCCUUUCACCCUCGUCAAUGACUGCAAAGCGAACAUGGGGUCAGCCAUUUUGGCUAACUUGCAAUACGCUCCCCGAAAUAUGGCUGUGUUGCUUGUGGUUGGUCUUUUCACACUGGUGUGCGUUUCCGCUUGCGGUCUUGUGGACAUCAAACCGUGGAUCUUGGUGGUGCUCAUCUUGUUGACCUUCCUGGUUCUUGCCGUGUGGUACGUCCCAUUUGGACUACUAGCCAGGUGGAACUGCAUCAUCAUGAGGGACCAGGAGGUGGUGGAGCAGCCAAUGACACUGGAGACGCUGCCCCACAGGAUGCUGACUGAAGCGCAGCGUUUCAUCGAGAGGAAUGCUCAUCAUCCGUUCCUUCUGGUUUUCUCCUUUGCUCACGUCCACAUGCCACACUUUGACACGCCGGCUUUUGUGGGCAAAAGCCGCCACGGUUGCUACGGCGACAAUGUGGAAGAGAUGGAUUGGAUUGUCGGCGAGCUAACAAACACUGUGGAUUCGUUGGGCCUGGCCAACAACACGCUGAUAUAUUUCACGUCAGACCACGGAGGACAUAUUGAGGUUUCUCAUCCUUUGAUUGGCCAGGGAGGAGGAUGGAAUGGCAUUUAUCGAGGUGGUAAAGCCAUGGGGGGCUGGGAAGGCGGCAUCAGGGUCCCUGGUGUCUUCCGCUGGGUGGGCAAACUGGCUGCUGGCAGAGUGGUGGAUGAGCCCACCAGCCUCAUGGAUCUCUACCCCACAGUGAAAUAUUUGGCCCGAGACACACAACCAGACAGACACUUAGAUGGUCACAACCUCAUGCCGCUGUUGGAGGGGAAGAGGGAUCGAUCAGAGCACGAGUUUCUAUUCCAUUACUGUGGCACCCACCUCCAUGCAGCGCGCUGGCACCCACACGACAGUGACUCCAUCUUCAAGGUGCACUUCGUUACCCCAAACUUUUCCCCACCGGGAGCUGUGGGAUGUUAUGAAACGCGUAUCUGCUUCUGUCAUGGAGAACACGUGACGCGGCACGACCCGCCGCUGCUCUAUGACCUUCUCCGAGACCCCUCAGAGUCACACCCACUGGGCCCCGACACGGAGCCGCGUUACGCGGAAAUCCUCAGUCAGACAGCCGAAGCGGUGCAGAGGCAUCUGCUCUCCUUGGCUGACAAACAACCAAACCAGCUUACCUGGGAGAAGAUUCUGUGGAGACCCUGGCUUCAGCCAUGUUGUGGAACAUUCCCCUUUUGUGGCUGCAAAGAAGACAUAAGGUCGUAGAAAAAAAAAACUAAACAGUUUGACUUUUCAAUUCGAACAGGGAGACGGUUGUAAUUUACACUGUAUGCCUUUAGAGGGCAGAGUGAGACUAUAUUUGACCAGCUUUGCAGGCAACCAGGGAGGGGGUCUCGGCUUCAGUGCAUGCCAUCAUUGGGAUAGUUGCGAUAAUUUUAUUCAUAUAUAUUUCUGUGUGUGUGUGCGCGUGCGCACUUGGUGAGGUGAGACUUGGUCGGUCACUGUGCUACAAAACCGAAGUGGAGAAGAUAUAAGAUAAGAUAAGAUAUCCUUUAUUUGUCCCACACUGGGGAAAUUUACAAACAAUGAUAUGAUAACAAAAUAAGAUAACAAAAUAUGAUAACAGAUUUAGACUAGCGCAAAACAAUUUUAAGAGGAAUGACUGCAUGUUGUGUUUUUGAGGAGAAUGUAAAUCGACACACCUUUCAAUCCCUUUCACAGACAUUUUCUUUCAUUCUCUAAUGAAGAUAAAUGAUUAUGGAACUGAAUUACAGGGGAUAUCCUCUUGCGAUGAGACCGGCCUGAUACAAAAUGUUCCCUAAGCAUACAAAGGAAGCAUCUUAGGAAUUAUUGCAUCUCUCAAUUAAGGUUUUUUGUUAGACCAAAAUUGAAAAACUCAUUCACUCCCAAAGACUUUUUAAAACGUCUUUUCAGACUUGGUCCAGAAUUGGCUGAUACUGAAUGAGUUAAAGACUGUUUAGAAAUGUUGGUGUUCUGGAAAGUCGUGGGGGAAGUAAUGAUUUUGUUGCAUUCAGUGCUGAUACUAAUGUAUCUCGGUAACCUUUGAGACAAUAUUGUCCUGAAACAGGAUGAAUAGCUGGCUAAGAUGCUGGUAGCUGCAAAAAGGAAGGAAUUGGAAAAGGUCAAGUGGAUAUGUACAAUUGAGGAAAUCUUCAGAAUGGAAAGACUAACGCACAGACACUUACUUGCCUGACUUGUGUGCGGGCAGCGUGGGAUCGGCUCCCGCUCAGUUACAGUGGUGAUUGGGGGUUUGGAUGGUCGUUUGUCUCUGUGUGUACCAUGCCACUGACUGGCAACCAGUUUAGGGGGCAGUCUGCGUUCCGCCCAAAGUCAACCGGGAUAGGCUCCAGCAACUAACUCCCUGCGACCCUGUUGAGGAUAACUGGUGUUGAAAAUGGAUGGAUGAAUGUUUUCCUCGUCAGGGCUCUCCCGGGCGACAAUUUGCAACAUUUAUUACGGGGAUUAUUAUCUACAAGGCAAGAACGCCUAUUAUGAUUCAAGGAUGUUCAGCACAAGGUUUCCUUAGUAACCGAAAUACAUGUUUAUCGUCAUGUUCAUCCACCAGUUGCCCUUUUUAACCAACACAUCACGUUCUACUUGUGUGCUUCAUGUGAAACAACUCUAAAUUUUACGUAGCAUUAACGCAGGGCAGUGACAACACAGAAAUAAGUAAGCAAAAGAAAUACAAAACGUUGUAUGUAAUUGGCCCGGGCAGACUCUUCUCACUAUUUAUUUAAAUGAACAUAACCUCCACUCUGUGUCUGACAGUCUCUCGUUUGUCAUUCAAGCACCUUAAUGGAUGUGUCCAACAAUAUAGCGCCCUGAAUUCUGCCUAGCAACAAGCGGAUGAGAAUGAAAAUAUCUAAUGGGCUUGGCGGGUGUGUGCACUUUUUGAAAUUCUGCCCAGCAACAAGUGAUCUGUCCAACAAAUAAGAGCCAUAUUUUUAGGACUGUCACUAUAAAUAUUUUUAGAAUCAAUUAUUCUAUCGAUUAUUCCAUCGAUUAAUUGAAUAAUCAGCGACAAAAUUAUUUUAGCAGUUGAGUUUAUGGCAAAAUAUGUAUGUAUUUGUAUCAAGUGAAACUUGACCAGGAAAGGAAUCUCAGAGAUGUACUCUAUAUUUACGAUUGAUAUUGUGAUUUCUGUUUUGUUGUUCCAUAAUGAAUUGAUUUGUGACUUGUUAGUAUUUCUCGUGUGUGAGAGAGAUUUCAGACUCUUUCAGGAAGUCAAAAGCUAGGAUGUAUAGAGUCCCAGUGGACCUGUAAGGAUACCCUGUGGCUCUCCAUACUGUAUCUUCACCAAUAAAAGACUGUAAAGACUGUGUGAACCUC